UAAACAGUUUCCAGGAAGCCUUAAACGGCUGAUUGCAAGUGCCCGGAUGUACGAGUAAAAAUUAUCGAUCCGCCAUCUUUGCAAUACGCUAAUCUGUUAAAAGUUGUUUCCAAAGAUAAAUAAUGCGUGUCAGACGGCACAAAUUGCAAUUAAAAUGGAUGAUUUGAAUAACAUGACACUUGAGAAUUUUAGAUUAUGGUCUUUGAAGGCUUUAAAAGUGUAUUUGUCGCACAGAAACCUGUCGGUGAAUGGAACGUUCGACGAACUGUCAGCGAGAGCAUUUUGCGCAUGGGAACAGAAUCUGCCGGUGAACGAACAAGCUGAACAGGCUGAGCAACGUCUUCUUCAAGAGUACAAGCACAAGCUUUUGGUGGAAGAUGAUGUUUUACCAGACCCAUUCUCACUUCACACAGGUUGGCAAGGAGAGAAGACAGCUAUCCACAAGUGGCCAUCCGUGUAUCUGGUAGACAUUGCUAAGUACCUGAACAAUGAAACUCACAAAGAAAUUUUUGAUCGGCUUCUUAAUGAGUAUAAGGAAGGAAAAGCCUAUCGUUACUUCCAUAACAAAUGGGUGCAGGAAGUGUUUUACCAUGAGAUACGGCCAAACAGUGACAAGUGUAUACUAAAAGCAAAGUGUGUGCCAUCCAUGUCAGUAAACAGUAAGAAAUAUGAUGUCUGGGUUGUUGUUAGAAAGGACAAAGAUGAUGGAGAGUCAGGAGGAGAAAUAGUGUCUGCCUACUGUACCUGCACGGCGGGAAUGCAUGGUACUUGCAAUCACAUUGCUGGUGUAUUGUUCCGGGUGGAAAAUGCUGUGAAAACCGGAGAGACCAAGACAUCUUCAACUAGUAUGAAGUCUAGAUGGAAUGUGCCAUCCAGUAAACCUCAAACUAAGGAUGCAGUUGCUGUAAUGGAUGUGACAUGGAAAAAGGGCCAUUACAGAAAAAAUCCAGCAGAGGUUGAAGACGAGAGGCGAAAACAUUCCCUAAAACUGAACUUCACUCCGCUCAACAAGAGACAAACUGAAGAAGUCAAAAACAUUACAAAAUUAAAGAAUGACUUAUACAAUUUAGUAAAAGAAGAUGUCCCAAACUCCUGUUUCAUAUUAACAAUUGAAAAGCGGCACAUAACAGCUAAGGUAGACCCACAAAUGCCCCACUCUUUGGGUGAGAUUGCCAACAGGCUUGACCCAGAGGCAUCAGAUCCAAGGGGAGAAUUCCUGCAAAGAAUAGCAAUAAGCAAAGAACAAUGUGGUGUUUUGUCAGAGGCUACCGUCGAACAGUCGAACUCAAAGGCAUGGAAUGAGCACCGCAAAGGACGGGUAACAGCUAGUUUGUUUCACCGAAUCAGCAGCAGAGUUGACACAUUACGUAAAGAUAGCUCGGCUGACCCGACUAAGUUAGUCGAUGCUAUACUUCGUCAAAAAGAAAGUCAUCCAACCACUGCCAUGAAACACGGUCUGUCCUUAGAACCCCAUGCCAAGAAAGCGUACACGCAAGUGAUGAGAAAAAAUCACAAGAAAUUCAAAUCGAAGAAUACGGGACUGCUUGUUUCCUCUGCCAACCCAUAUAUGGCUGCAAGUGCAGAUUUGGAGAUUGAGUGCCAGUGUUGCGGAAAAGGUCUUUGUGAGAUAAAGUGUCCAGAGUCCAUUAAAGACACUGCUCCAAGCUCUUCAAAUCUAGCAUACUUAAUUGAAGAAAGUGGGAAAGUCCAGGUCAGUAAGAACCAUGCGUACUUCUUCCAAAUUCAGGGACAAAUGGCAAUACAUGGUAGACAGUAUUGUGACUUGUUUGUGUACACAUAUCAUGGAAGUGUCACUGUACGUGUUAUGUUUGAAAAAGAAUUCUGGGAUGUUUUGGAGGAGAAGUUGUCCUGGUUUUGGUUAUCACAUGUCUUGCCAGCCUUGUUGAAUUGGAAUUGCAACGACAACAAGACAACAGACAAUACUAAGGAAAACCCUAAAACCCCAACGAAGAUUCAGACACUUAGUCGCUCUCACGCCGUCUGCAGGGCACUUGAACCAUUAUCCCCAAAAGACAACAGUAAGAUCAUCCAGCAGCCUAAGAAGCGCCGUAGACUGAACAAAUUUCCCAAUAUAUCUUUGUAUUAUGUGCGGUCUUGA